UGUCACCCUGCCCCAGUGCAUUACUGGGAAGGGACCAUGAUGUUUGCAGCGUGAUUGCACUGGGAUACACACAGGAUCUAGAACUCUCGGACCUCAUCCCGUUGCGGACAGCGCAUGAUCCAGCGUCGGCUGCUCACUACUCUCUGCAGGAUGACGGAAGAGGCGAAGAAGCUGGCGGGGUGCGCUGCGGUGGAUAAUCACGUGAAGAAUAACCAGGCGCUUGGAAUUGGAAGCGGAUCCACGAUAGUUCAUGCGGUGAAUCGUCUCGCUGAAAGGGUGAAACAGGAAAACAUGAACGUUGUCUGUGUGCCGACAUCUUUCCAGGCCCGGCAGCUGAUCCUUCAGAAUGGUCUAACGCUGAGUGAUUUGGACCGGCACCCUGAGCUCGACGUCGCUAUCGAUGGAGCAGACGAAGUGGAUUCUAAUCUCAACCUCAUCAAAGGAGGAGGUGGCUGUUUGACACAGGAAAAAAUCGUUGCCGGCUGUGCAAAAUCUUUCAUUGUCAUUGCUGAUUACAGAAAAGAUUCCAAGAAUUUUGGUGAGCAGUGGAAGAAGGGCAUUCCUAUUGAAGUUAUUCCAAUGGCUUACGUGCCGGUCAUCAAAGCAAUACAAAGCCGCUUCGGUGGAGUCGCCGAUCUGAGGAUGGCCGUUAGCAAAGCUGGCCCGGUGGUUACAGAUAACGGGAAUUUCCUUUUAGACUGGAAAUUCGAUAAGGUGUAUGAUUGGAAUAUUGUCAAUACAGCAAUCAAAAUGAUACCAGGGGUGGUGGACACCGGACUCUUCAUUAACAUGGCAGAGAGAGUCUAUUUUGGAAUGGCAGACGGCACCGUCACUGUCCGCGAUAAACCUGCGAGCUAAAUGAACCGGCCGUUCAUCGAUGAAGUCCAACCUCCAUGCCAAGCAGAUAGACAUGUUUACUGUGUUCUUCAACUAUAAGGUUGAUGUUGUUGUUGCCUUUUUUUUUUUUUUUUUUAUAAACUUGGUACAUUUCUACAUUUGUCUAGAUGCAUUUCAGAAUACAGAUGUAGUCUAUGCCAGAUUAAACCAAGAUUAUUAAAUGACUUCAUCCUUU